AUGUGGGACACUGUCUCGAUGUGGGACGAGGGGACCAAAGGAGUCGUCACGGUGGUUGUCUCAGAAGGAAGUGAUGCCAUCUUACCCUGCUCCCUGAGCACCAAUCAGAACCUUGAACAGAAGCUAUUUGAUUGGAAGAAAGAUGACAAGAAGGAGGUUUUCCUGUACGCUGCUCGUGAUGAGUACAAUAAUGGACGUCCAGGUCAAGACGAGCAGUUCAGAGGACGGGUCUCACAUUUCCCACUACAGCUGCAGUUUGGUAACGCCUCCAUCAUCAUCAGAAACACCACGUUGUCUGACAGUGGAGUCUACACCUGUGAUUUUCCACAUCUGCAGCCAGAAGGGAAAACCUUCAGAAUAAAGCUUGAUGUUGAGCUUACCCUGAAAGAUCGAUCAGGUGAAAUCGCAGGUGCUGCUCCAAAGCCCGAAAUCAGGAUACUUAAUACCACCAAGGACGGAUUGCAGCUGAAGUGUGAGGUCAGAGGUGCUUCUCCAAAGCCUAAAGUAGAGUGGAGGGACAGCGAUGGGAACAUCCUUCCUGCUGAGGAGCCACAGGUGUCACACACAGGAGAGCGCUAUGACAUCACCCUCCUCACCACGGUGACCAGGACAUCAACUGAGCGUUUCCACUGUGUAGCCACACAGGAGGAGCUGGGCCAUAAAACAGAUGCACAGAUCUACCUGCAUUAUCAGAAACUGACUGAGGUGAAGUCCUGCAGUCCAGGAGUCGGUUCAUGGAUCGGUGGGACGUGUUUUGGAACAAUUGCAACUUUACUUCUUUAUCCACUUAUAAUUAAAGUCAAAUAUCGCAUCAGCAGAGUUUUUCGGAGGAAACAGAGAGACAGAGAGACGUCUGGGAGUCCUGAGAACGUUUGAUCAUCAGCUCUUCAAAGAAGUGUCACAUGACUUCUAAUUGA